CACCAUAUUCCGUCCUCCACCGCCAGUGCCAGUGCCAAGGGUCCGGUUUGCCCUGGCUGCGCUUCCUCUCAGAGGAUCCCACAGUCCAUCAUGUGGGUCCUCGAGGGUAGAUUUGAAGGGCGCCAAGAACCAUUUCGCAAAUUGCUCAAGCCGGGCAGGAAGUACACCUUUGGGCGGAAAGAGCCUGCAGACUUGGUCUUAGCCGACAAGACCGUUUCUCGCGAGGCAGGCGCCCUGAUCAUGUCGAUCCCUCCGCCCACAUUUGAGUCUGUAUGCACCACCGACUUUUCGGACGUGGAGCAACACCGGCCCACCGUUUCGCUCCAGGCCGACAAGAAAAUCCUUCGUGUAGUACCACCCAGCGACGAAGAAGAGUGGCUGAGGAACCCCUCUGUCUAUGUCGGAAUCACAGUCGAUCCAGGCACGACGAGGGCGCUACAAGCGGGCGAUACCAUUGUGCUGUCCAAGAAUGCCCCAGCAGUCAAGCUAUUGUGGAUCCCCAUCAACGUCUUUUACCACGUCAAAACCAAGGAGGAGGAGGAGCUCCAAGAAAGGGCGCGGGAGGCUAGCGACAUGCUGGUGUACCUGCGAAGGGGAAAGGCUGCACUCGAUCCAUCGGCAACACACUAUGCCGUGGCCCAGACAAAGAUCUCCGUUCUGCUCCUGCAAGCCCUCAUCAGAGCCGUACCUGUCGUGAGGCCAGGCUACGUCGACGAGGUGCUGCGCAGGGGAAACCUGCGCCCUGACGAUCCACAGUCCUACGAAAGGGAGCUGGAGCUACCCGUUCCGUCGGCAUACAUGCCCGAGGUCUCGCACUCGGAUGGCAUAGAGCCACAGGAGCUCGACAGAUGUCUUCUGCCUUCGAGCAAAAGGGUCAAGCUCUUAAGAGGCACAACCCUUCUUUUUGUCUUGGACGGGCAGGGCGAUGAAAAGUUGACGAAUGAUAUGGAAGGACUUGCGCAGCAGACUGGAGCCGUGACAGACCGCGUUUACAGCUCAGACGUCAGGCUGGAACAGGACGACGAGACCCUUCGGUUUCUGCGCAAGAAGAAGUCAGAGGCCCAGUCUUAUCUUGCUACAUGCGGAGAGGAGGCUUCCGAGGCGCCAGAUGAUGGCCUUGUUGUCAUUGUCGCAUCGCUUACUGUAGACGCACGGGCUCCCUGGUUCAGGAGGCUGACCAGGUGCACGAGGACGUUAAGCAUCGCCAUGCCGGAAGAAGGAAUCGUGGCAGUCGGCAAAUUAUUGAUGCACUCCGAUUCAAGGCGCUUUCUCAAUGUCCAAGCAGCUCCAUUACCCUCGGAGAUCCUUCCUGAGACCUCAGUUCCUGUAGAGGGUAACAGCUCCCUGAGUUCUGCGAUGCCCGUGCAGCAGGAGCAGCAGGAGCAGCAUCAGCGCGACGGCGAAGAUAUGCCAGUCCAUCAAGAACCUCCGCCGAGCAACGUCUCAGUCACAAUGGACGAGCCGCCUCCGACCGCGAGCGAGAUCGGACCCACUCCUACAGCAACCAAGCCUCGACGACGAAGAGCGGCCGCUGCUGCAGAUAACGAUCCCUUGGCCAGUCUUUUUGGUACCGCAUCUACGGCAAACACCCAGCAGCAUAUUUCCGAGCCUUCAACAGAUGCACAUUCCUCAACACAGCAAGCGAUCUCGGAGGAGGCACCACGACCUACGCCUGCGACGCCCAGAGCACCCUCGAGGCUCAAACGAGCGGCUACGGGCAACAAGCCACGACAGUCCGAAGAAUUUCGAAGCAUCUUUGGCACCUCGAACGACCCGGGUGUGAGCCUGCAGGCUCGUUCAAAUACGUCUGAUAUGCCGAUAGAGAGCACGCCGGAGCGAUUCAGUAAGAGAUUUCGACGGGAGCUGGAGGAGCAAGACCGAAUAUCCGAUUCACAAGCUCGAGGUGACCACGACGCGCUCAUCUCGCCUGGCGGUGAAAGUGGCACGCAAUCAAAAAGGAGACUUGAUGAGGAACAAGAGACAGGCGGUGGAGCUGAAGAGCGACCAUCAAAGCGGCGAGAAGCAGAGCACGAUAUUAACCCAGAAGGUGUAGCGACGACGCCUCUAGGCAGCAAAAGGCGCACCAGGCAAGAGGAGCAAGCAGUGCAGCCCGGCAUUGUCAGAGACGUGGCACUGCCCUCUUCGUCUUCGGUCCAUGGUGAGGACACUGGACAGGACUCGCGUUUUCUACAGGCGAUUGCCACCAAUCGAAAGACCAAGAGGCCAUUAGACGAUUUCGACAAGGAGUUUAAUCAACUCCGCAUCGCCCGUCCUCCCGGUGCAGGCAGCAAUCAUCUCUCGCAGACGGCGCCGCCUGCCGAACCGUCAAAAGGCAAAAGGGCCGCCAGCCAGAAAUUGACGGACCGCCCUCCGGCAGCUUCAGUGAACGGAUAUUAUGUCGAUGUUGAUGAAGUCGACGAUCCAGACUACCGCAUGUGGCAGCAGAUGGACGCCGACGAUUUCGACAUUCAUGCAGCCGGAAACUUCGUCCAGGUCGACUUUGUGCCAUUGGUCCGCAAGAAUUUUGGGCCGCAGCGGUCCAGCUUUCAUCCUUCGUCGGCUACGUCCAUUGGCGAUGGGGCCCAAGACAUCUUGCGUUCUAGUGCAACCUGGCAAGGUCGACCAAAUUUUAAGAAGUUCAAGGUUAAGGAGCGAGCUGGCAAGAUGCCCGUCGUGAUGGACCUUGAGGAGACAGCUGAUUUUGGCACGGGAACGGGCUACGGAAAGGGAAAGGGCAACGAGAGACCACGCAUAACUGUACGGCGGCCGGUCGACGAUGGUGAAGGGAAUCGCGGCGUGGAAGAGCAAGGAUCGCGGCAAGGAUCAGAGGAAGUGGAGCUGAUGGGUCCACCGCCGAAAGCAGGACCAACGCAAAAGAGAAGCGUAUUGGCCGACUUUUCGGACGAAGAGGAUGAGGAGAUGGAGAUAGGGAAAGGAGCAAAGCGUAAAGGGAGGAAGCAGUCCGCAGCACCGCCACCGUCCAAGGUUUCCUCUAGCAGAGGUCUCAAGAUAAGGGAAACCGAAGGAGAGGCCGAAGAAGAGGACGACUUCGUCCCAGACAUGACUCUGGAUUUGGACGAGGAUAUUACUUUUGGCGACGGGCCGACGCAAGCUGUUGCACGGCAAUCUCAGUCAAAGAGGGGAUCAAGGGGACAACAGCGUGGAGGAUCAAAACGUGUCGCGACAACAGAUGGAGCGCGAAAGAGGCCCGGCCCUCUUCAGAGCGACGAUGAGGAUCAGGACUCCAUCGAGAUCAGCGACUCGGACGAGAGUAGACCAGAUUUAAAGCGCAUAAGACGGCGAUAGAAGAAUCCCGUUAGUACACCGAAAGCCACAAUAUCUGAGAGAAGGAAAACAGGGGUUUGGCCGCCCAUACUCCCAAACUAUUCAAUCUCGCGGUUGCGUCAGACUUCCGGUAGCGCAGAAUGAUCGAUCGUUCUGAAGCCCACCGAUGUACUAUUGACGCCUUCAGAAGAUGCAUUCCCAAUCUUCGAGCUGUGAGCCAGGCAAAGGGCUCGUUCUUAUUGGUCAACAAUUUUCAAGGGUUAUGUAAGAGCGUCUCAU